AUGGCCAUUCCCCAUGCCUCGAGUGCCCUUUGGAAGGGCCAUUGCACUUAUGGUGGGCAUGUGGUUGAUUGCGCGUGUUGGGGAAGGAUGAGAAGCAAUAAAACCACCGAAGGCCGUGGUGGGCCUGAAGAUAAGGGGUUAGGGCUGUCAGUCUCCGACCCCAUGUUAAACUCGUCUUCGCAAUUCGGCCUUUCGGUCUUCCGGAACGGCGAAGCUGAAGGUGUCAAGCAACUGUGCCCUCCCAUUUCCGAGAGCAAGUCGGUCCAGGAGGGCCAAGUUUGGUGCUCCAGCUCUGAAGAAGCCUCAGCAGGAGAUCCGAAGGCAGAGAAUGAUCAGACAGUCAAACACACCCCCCAUACAAUUGGCUGGGAUGGCAUCAAUGAUCCGGAUAACCCACGAAACUUCACCACCGCCAAGAAGAUCUAUAUCACCGCUAACCUCGCCAUCUUGACCUGCCUCUCUACCUUUGCCUCUUCCAUUCUCAGUCCUGCCAGUCUUCAUUUAAUGACAGAAUUUGGAAUCUCGAAAGAGGUUUCGAUUCUUGCUACUUCGUUGUUCGUGCUGGGCUACGUCUUCGGACCCUUGGCUUUUGGGCCAGCCUCUGAGGUCCUCGGUCGUAAAUAUCCGCUCAGUCUCGGUAUUUUCAUCUUUGGCAUUUUCUCUAUCCCGGUCGCAGUUGCUAAGAAUGUGGCCACUAUAUUCAUCUGUCGAUUCAUUUGCGGAGUAUUUGGCGCGGCCCCGUUAGCAAUUGUGAGAGGAUCCCUUGCCGACCUCUACGAUCCGCUUUUUCGUGGCAUCGCCGUCGCGGGAUUCGCCAGUGCAACCUUCCUGGGCCCCGUCCUAGGCCCCCUGGUCGGGGGCUUCGUGACCAUGUCCCCCCACCUCGGCUGGCGCUGGACGCAAUGGCUCGUCGUGAUCCUCAGCCUGUCCUUCGGCCUCCUCUACUUCCUCACUGUCCCCGAGACCUACAGCGCCGUUCUCCUGACGCGACGCGCGCACAAACGCGGCCUCCACGACGUCCUUCCCCCGCGCCCGAAGAUGACCCUCCAGAUGAUCGGGCGUGUGUACAUCUUCAAACCGUUCCUCAUGCUGUCCCAGGAGCCCAUCCUCGCCCUGAUAACCCUCUAUAUGGGCUUUAUCUACGGGUUCUUAUAUCUGUGCUUCGAGGCCUACCCGAUCACCUUCGAGCAUCAGCGUGGCUGGAACCUGGGCGUCGGGGCGCUGCCCUUCCUUGCCAUCACCAUCGGGGUUUUGGUGGGUGUGGUGAUUGUCAUCGCGCAUACCAAGACCCGGAUGCAGCGAAAGCUGCAGCUGCACGGGGAGAAUGCGCCCGAGGAGCGGCUAGUGCCCAUGAUGGUGGGCAGUGUGCUGCUGCCGAUCGGGAUGUUCUGGUUUGCGUGGACGUCGAACCCGCACAUUAUCUGGGUGCCACAGGUGGUCGCCGGUGGCUUUAUGGGCUGUGGUAUCCUUUUGAUCUUUUUGCAAGGCGUAAAUUACUUGAUCGAUGUGUACAAGAUGAACGCCAAUUCGGCCAUUUCGGCCAACGCCAUGUUUCGAGGUCUGCUGGGGGCGGGGUUUCCUUUGUUUGCUACGUAUAUGUUCAAUAAUCUUGGAGUACCAUGGGCCAUGUCCCUUCUCGGAUUCCUGUCCACGGCCCUCGUGCCUGUCCCGUUUUUGUUCUAUAUUUAUGGGGCCAACAUUCGGAAGUGGAGCAAGUUCAGUCCCUGCUAG